UUUCAACUGAAGCGUAUGCUCCCGCUUGAAAAUGUCAUAAGGAUGGUCAUUAAAUAGGCUACGUAAAUAAGUUUUAUAUUGUUAUUUGGCUGGGAUAUAUUGGAAGUUAAAGUUAGACUGUUUUAACAAAGGUUAAUAAACUACUUCCUCAAACUGUUGUAUUGAUACCCACCCCCUAUUGAUUUAACGUUGUUCGCGUAAUGUGUUGCAUUGGCACAAUUGUGUUAAAAUGACUGCUUACUAGUGAACACAUUGAUUCGCGUUUUUCAGUUAUUUCGUACUUGAGUAUUUUCAUGAUGAACACGGUUACAUUCUGAGGAUGGUGUUGUCUUUGUACAUAAUUCGACUUGGACUGUUCUCCAGCCAUUUUCUAAAAAUGCAUUGUCGAUGUGAAGGUUUUUUUUAACGCGUUUGUGGCUCUGUCAUGCGCAUCAAGAACUACACAGUAAAAUGUUCAGUGUUAAAUCAACUCUUACAGAGUACCCUACAUAUGGUCCCGGUUGGACUCACCUGUGUUCUAGAGUUUAACACGGGACAUUUUACUGUGUGUUGUCUCUAGUAUGAUUGGGGUACUUUUAGUUUCUGCUGUCCCGUGAUAUUGUGGAGAGACGUAUGGUGGUCAUACAUACAUGAUGUGAGAAAAUAUGGCCUAUAGUCAAAUGUUUUAGUCUGACACGCCUACUCGUAACACAACUCCACGAAUGACCCAACUUGGAACUUUGAGGCGUGGGCGUAAUUUAUUUCCACUUCUCCUGGAACCCUUUGUCAAUAUGGUAUCCUAGUUCACCAUUCCCACCAAGGGCAAAAGACCUUACAUAUAUUCGUUCGAUGCUACACUCGUCUUGACGAUAUGAUUCAUCAUCAGCAAGAUUCUGAUAUGUCGAUGUUUAGUAUUUGUGCGAAAAAGGCAAAUGUAUAGAAUUGAUACACAUACUUUAAAAUGUAUGUGUUUUAUUUAUUUGUUUUCUGGACAAAAUUCAUGUCGUAUAGAUUACACUCAGUUGGCCUGGAGUAGGUUGUAUUAUGGAUAUGCACUUGCAUGGUCUCAGCGGUAAAAUUAACAUUAUUUUGUUCCUGGCAUCGGAUUAUUUUUAAUGUUCUGAACAGGAAUAAGAAAAGAAAAAGUUCCUUGAACACUUGUGUGAAGACCUACAACGAAGAACGUAUUGAUAAAAACCAACGUUUAUCGGCAAGAUGCCUACCUGUUCUGAACAGAAAUGAAAGCAGAGCCAAACCUAAGAAAGGAAUGGCGUUUGACCCAAAUUGGCCCCAUCUGUGUGUUUGGAAAAUGGGUCCCUCUGCAGUUUGGGGCUGUCUUACUCAAAUUGGUCGUACAUAAUGCCUCCAAUCACCUUCCAGGACCUCCCUCUCAACAUCUACAUGGUCAUCUUUGGGACCGGCAUCUUUGUCUUUGUCCUGAGUCUCAUCUUCUGCUGCUACUUUAUAAGUAAACUGAGACACCAAGCCCAGAGCGAGAGAUUUGGAUACAAGGAGGUCAUAUUCAAAGGGGACACCAAGAAAUUGAAUCUCCAUGGGCAGACAUGUGCCGUCUGCCUGGAGGACUUCAGAGUGAAGGACGAGCUAGGAGUGUUGCCAUGCCAACAUGCCUUUCACAGGAAGUGCCUGGUGAAGUGGCUGGAGGUCCGCUGUGUCUGUCCCAUGUGCAACAAACCCAUCGCCGGCCCCCCAGGGCAGAGGCACAGCCUCGGGACCCUGCUGGACGAGCUGGUGUAGAGACGCGCCGCCUCCGCGCUAACGGUACGCCGCGAGCGCGCAAAUCAGUACACAGCAGCAGCAGCAAGCUAAACAAACACCGACGCGGAACAGCCCUCCGGAAGGCAAAGCCACACUGGCGAUGAAUCAGGAGAACACAAGAGGAGCCGGCUGUCGAGAGACUUUUAACGCAACCCAGGGACCUGGAGCUAGCAAUAUCGACAGUGGAACUCCACCAAAUGAGAUGGACAAACAUCUGACUGAAAUUUUCAUCUGGCAGUGGCGGUUAAUCUAGUUUAUACAGCAAGUUUGAUGUAGCCCUUGAGUCUGGAUACGGUGGAUUAAAAAAUAAAUGUGGUUUACAGGAUGCUCCUGUCCAGGCUCAUGGGCAUGAAGGAAGUUGGAUCUAUUACCCCUUUGCUAAUAUGGGGGGAAAUGAUACAUAUGUACAAUGACCAUGUGUAUGUGUGUACAUACGUAAGUUUGACUGAAUUGCACUGGACUAUCAUCUGUGAAAACUCAGUUGUUUAUUGAACUUGACUUUUUUUGUAAAAAAAAAAACUAAAAUUCCAAAUAAGAAUAUAAACUGUUGUUUUACAAACUGAAAGUGAAAAAAGCACUUGAAACACACCCAGUGCUUUGUGGGGGGACCCAGGGGAGAAUUUUCUGGGCGUGUUUUCCGUGUGCAUUCCCCAGAUCUCUGGGGGAUGGAGGGCGCUCAAACCAGCACUAUCUCACAAUGCACUGCCAUUUCCGCAGCACACUUUACACGUUCCCUUUGUGACAAAUAGAGCGUCACCGUUUCAGAAAAUACACGUAUAAAACAAACCAAAUGCCUAUUUUGGUUAACUUGAUCAAAGUUAACAGCCUUGUCGUAGUUGUGGGGCUAGCAUCAGUGCUUCUUACCAUGGGGAGGCUAUGACAUUUACACUGCUGUAGCUGUGGCGGAAAGCAAACGUACACUUGUCUCAUCCCUCAUUGAGGAGCACUGCAUUUCACAUUUGUGCAUUUCAAGGUUAACUGAUCCUUAUGAUUCCAGCCACUGUCUUUUAGAGCUUUCUCGGCGUGGUGGUCGGAGUCUCAGUGAACCAGCUAGAAACCAGCAUGAAAAUCAGAAUUCCUGGUGGCUAAUAAGCAGAGGACGAUGUUGGGGAAAGGAGACAAAAAUCCCUGAAGCUUUAGAAAUAAACCACUGUCGUGUCGAUUUGAAGUUGGGUGUCUGCUUCCCUUGCUUAAGAAUGUUGCCAUAAAAGGAUAGGCCUACUGGUAGCUUAGCAACAUGCAAUUCAUCUGCACAAGAUAUUUUAAAUGUGGACCAGGCAGCUGCUGGCUCUGAGACCUGAUAUCAAUUGUUUUAAUCAAGCUUUAAUUUAACCCAAUACGGUGGUGACUGGGGAACGUAUUACUGCCGAGACAACCAACAUGUGUUCCAGUAUCUAUGCCAUUUGUUUAAUUCACAAAGUUUGCAAGAAUUGGCAAAUAAAUGGUUUUAAAGAUACUCAACAAUUUAGUACAAAUUUUAAUGAGUAUCAUAAAAAGGGUUAUCCAGGCGCGAUGGAGGAAAUGACUUGGAACCUUGGAUGUAGGCAAACAUCUACAUGGCACAGGGAGGAAUAGGACUGGCUUAGCAGAGGUGACAUCACUUCCUGUAGUGGACGUUCAGCCUGCUCCCUUGUGUUGCUGAAUUGCACCUCACAACAUAUCAGCACAGAAUCAUUACGAGUACCCAGAGCCAAAUACCUUAGUCCAGUGGUAAAAGUGCCUGACGUUUGUAACACAUGCACUUCUGUAACUGCUUCAUAUACAGGAUUAAAUGGGGUGGGAAAACGUG